GGAAGUUUUCAUGUCAGACGGUCUGAGCUCGGUCGAAGUCGCAGGUGUCUUGUUAUCUUCGCUCCCUUGUAUUCUUAUAUUCGUGUAUUUGUAUUAUUUUAUAGAGCAACAUGGGUGCUUGUAUGGCGCUAUGUUCCAUGGCCAGUUGUGCCUCCUGCCUGUGCGGGUCAGCGCCCUGUCUUCUGUGCGGGUGCUGCCCUUCCUCCAAAAGCUCCACCAUCACACGCCUGAUUUACUCGUUCUUCCUGCUCCUCGGCACCAUAGUGUCUGUCAUAAUGAUCCUGCCUGGGAUGGAGGACCAACUUCGAAAAAUACCAGGAUUCUGCGUAGGUGGAGACAGUAUACUUGGCCUGGAUAACUUGGUCGACUGUGAUGUCAUCUUGGGCUACAAGUCUGUGUACCGCAUGUGUUUCGCCAUGACCUGCUUCUUCUUCUUCUUCUCUGCUAUUAUGAUUCAAGUCCGCAGCAGCAAAGACUGCCGUGCUGCUGUCCAAAAUGGAUUCUGGUUCUUCAAGUUCCUGAUGCUAAUUGGGAUUACAGUAGGAGCCUUCUUCAUCCCUGAUGGGAUGUUUCAUACUGUCUGGUUUUACUUUGGAGCAGUGGGAUCGUUCAUCUUCAUCAUCAUCCAGCUCAUUCUCCUCAUCGACUUCGCCUAUUCCUGGAACAAGGUGUGGGUGGAGAAUGCUGAAGAUGGGGAAAACAAGGGCUGGUUUGCAGGCUUGCUCUUCUUCACGGUCCUCCACUACGCACUGGCGUUCACGGCGCUGGUGCUGUUCUACGUGUACUACACCAAGCCUGACGACUGCACUGAACACAAGGUCUUCAUCAGCCUCAACCUCAUCUUCUGCAUCAUCAUCUCCGUCGUCUCCGUCCUGCCCAAAGUCCAGGAAGCUCAGCCUCUCUCUGGUCUACUUCAGUCAUCUCUUAUCUCCCUCUACACCAUGUAUGUUACAUGGUCUGCAAUGACCAACAAUCCAAACCGUAACUGUAACCCCAGCCUGCUGAGUCUGGUGUCCAACGUGACCUCUGCCCAGCCCGUACCCGGCACCAACCCAGAAACCCUGCAGCUGUGGGACGCCCAGAGCGUGGUGGGCCUCGUCAUCUUCCUGUUCUGCACGCUCUACGCCAGUAUCCGCUCCUCCAGCAACACUCAGGUGAACAAGCUGAUGCAGACGGAGGAGGGGGGAGGCUCCGGGGGGGAGGGUGUGGUGGGGGAGGACGGCCUCCUGAGGGCCGUAGACAAUGAGGAGGAGGCGGUGUCCUACAGCUACUCCUUCUUCCACUUCCACCUCUGCCUCGCCUCCCUCUACAUCAUGAUGACCCUGACCAACUGGUACCAGCCAGACACCAGCGUCCAGAAGAUGAGCAACAGCAUGCCUGCUGUGUGGGUGAAGAUCGCGUCCAGCUGGCUCGGCCUGGCCCUCUACCUCUGGACCCUCCUGGCACCGCUCGUCUUCCCUGACCGGGAGUUCAACUGAGCCGCCCCCGUCCCUCUUCCUUCAUCUGGUGGUGGUCGUCUGUCUGCUUCUUCCUGCCGUAGGACGUUAAGAUGUGUGAAGGAUCAUGUUAUGGUACUUAGGAUUGUAAAUCUCCAUGCUGUUUUAUCGUUUUUUGCGUGUUUCUAUUCCCUGGUUUUCUGUUUAUAUAAAUUUAUAUUUGUUUUAGUCAUUAUAUUUCACUUUGUAUUUCAAUCACUGCAUAAGAUGAGUAGACUGCUUUUGAUUUGGCAACAAUAACUUUGUUAGGCUGCCUGCCUUGUCAGAGCUCUGCAAUGGGCCGCGCGCUCUACGCCUCAUGUUUGAGUUGGGAAUCCCCUCUUCAGAACAUACCAGGCCGUGACUGGCCCGUUGCUGAGUCUUGCUGAUUGGCUGAGUUCCUCAGCACUGUGGCUUCCAGGGACAACCCCAGGGUGCCCCUGAGUGUGACUGUUAGAUAAGGCCGGGCUGACACGCCCUGGUCACACAGCUCCUCUUGCCGCUAGACGCUAUCAGAGCAACACGUGAGAGAGGGGUUUAGUUGACCUUUCCAUUCACUUAGCAUGGGUUCAUAAGGGCUGUGAGGGCCCCUCUGGAUCCUGCCAUACGCCCGCAUCUGUGCUUAUAGUCAUUUAGGGCCCCCUAAGGGUGCUCCAUAUUUAGCGUGGCUCGAAGCCGAUAUCUCUUGUUUACCCUGACGACUGAUGACUAGAAGGAUAUCAACUCUGGAUCAAGUCCAGUGUUUACGUCCUGUUAAUCAAACCAUGGCUGUUGUUUCAAGUCUGGAAUGCUCAUUGAUCUUUGGUGCUUCAAUACUACUCUGAAUACAUCCCAGAUCAGCCUGGAGUUCACCUCUCUUCUGAGUACAGAGGCAGCCUGGACUCUGGUUGCUGAGUCAGCGGUAGAGCAACACACACAUGGGAUAGUUUCCUCAGUGGAAAGUGUUCUGUGUCUCACAGGAGCCCUCAGUAAUAAUACCGUUGUGUGCUCUUCGUUCAGAACACUUCUUUGUGGUUAAGAAGAAUAUUUCACAGCCAUGUUGCAAGUUGCCUAUGAAUCACAAUACUAUUAAAAAGGGACAUGCAGCAUCUCAAGAAUAUUAAGUGGAAAUUAAUGGUCAAGAUCUAACUGAUCUUUUUGGUAAAGUGAUUUUAUGCAUAAUGUAUCUACCUUUCUAUGAACAGUAAUGCAAUAGUUAUUACAUUUUAUAAUUUAAAAAAUAAUUUGUCAGCACAAUGAAUAUGAUUGUUAGAUUGUUAUGAUAAUUCUACAUUGUGUAUUUAAAAGAAAAUGCUAACAUUUCAAAUACUUUAUCUGCUGGUGGAAGUAUUGUAGAUUGUUAUUAACGAGUGAUGAGUUGAAAAUGUGAUGUUAUGAUGUGUCAAAUACCGAUGUACGACGGCGGCCUGCUCCACCUAAAUGGUGUUCGCACGAAUUAUUCACUUUUUUUCUAUAGGGAGAAUUUCUCCCAAAAAACAAUGAAGUGCCUUCUUGUCUGCAUUUCAACAUGAGUUAGUUACUAUUUGUUUAGUUUGGAACUUAACCUUCAUAUCAUGGAAGAGGCAACCGUUGCACGUCAUGGCUAAGACCUUGCCAUAAUAUAGGAAUUGGUCAUUCACAUUUAGUUCAAAUAAAUACCUUUCAGGCAAACCUUUUA